CGUGAUCCAAUGCGGAAGUGACGUUUGGGGGCGCUUCCCAAAAAAACUGCUUUUGGUCUUAACGACUUUCUGCUCCUCUCACUCCUUUUACUUGGUUUGUUGGUACCAGCAGCCCAGGAAAACCAACUACCGGCAGCAUUGAAGUCCAAGGGGAUGGCGAGGCUGUGAUGCAGACUAUGGCUGCAGCUAAGAAGAGUUGUGCCAAGGUGGCAGGUGGCGUUCGCUUCUCUGAGGCCGGCGCCCCGUCCCAUGUCCACUUUGACGACAAGCUGCACGACUCUGUUGUCAUGGUAACCGCAGAGGAUGAUGGCAACUUCUUGGUUAAGGUGGGCUUUCUGAAGACACAGCACCGCUAUGAAAUCACCUUCACCCUGCCCGAGGUCCCAGCCCUUGGCAAGGACGUGUGUCCGGCGCCGCUAACAAGCCCCCACCUCCGGAUCGUCGACAUCUCGCCUGCUCUGGAGGGAGGUGUAAAGGUGACAUGCGAGUACCUUGCGCAGCAGGAGGGGGUGCUGUGUGAGGAGGUGCAGCUCCUGAGCGAGGACAACCAAGACGUGUGUGUCAAGGUCAAAGUUCACGCCAGAGUCAUGGACCGCCAUCAUGGAACACCCAUGCUGCUGGAGGGAGUCCGCUGUAUCGGGGUGGACCUCGAGUACGAUUCUGAACAGAGUGACUGGCAGGGGUUUGACUGAUGCACACACGCACACGCACACGCUCAAUCCAGUCGUUGCCUUCAUUUUUUGGUCUAAACUAAAUUCAGCCACAAAGGGACAUGAUACAUUUUUUCCAAGUAAAUUGCAGUGAAUAUUUAAUAUUCUUGUUUGACCACAAGGAGGUACUGUAGGCUUUCAUAGUGGUGCAUGUAAAAUGGAAGGCCCUCCCUCAGCUGACCCGAAUGUUUUAAUAUAUUGUUUUAGUUUAAAGCCAUACAAUACUAAAAGUUACAAUAAAAAGGUUCAACGUUCGCCUUCAGAACACAAGUGCCUUCGUUCUUCCUCUUCUCCUGACGUUUGGAGCAGCAACAUGACCUCCUUUUUACUAAGAUUUUCCACACCUUUCACCCUCACUCACUGUUAUUUAUUUCUGUUUGCUUUGUGCUUUCUUGCGGCUGCUGUUUUUGUCCUUUGUACCAGUGUGUUUAGAAAAUUGUAAGUAUACCAGGUAUGUCCAAACUUUUAUAAACUGAGGGCCGCAGACUGAAAAUUCAAAGAAUGCUGUUUUGGUACUAUUCAAAACUAGUACACAUAGUUUUUUAAAGGGAAAAAGCAGCCUGCAUGUCAGCUUUGUGUUAUAUUUAUUAGCAUCGACAUUUUAACUAUUUCUCGUUACCAUACACCCGUUCCCUCUUUUAUUACACUUUUUAUGUUUUGUUUAUUUUGUUUUCGUAAAAUAAUUUUUUUUAAAUGUGCAGCGUACACCAUUAAUUAUGCAGUUCCUUGUUGAGAUUCUAGGUGGCAGUGUAAGCUGCUCCAAAGAAUUGGUGGUGAAGGUUUGAUGGCUGCUUACUGACAUUGUUGUUUUUUACAAUUAUCUCAAUUAGUCUUGAUUAGUUUUGUUUAGUCUUGAUUGUUGAACCCAACCUCAUUAUUAUUGUCUUUAUUUAACACACACAUAACAUUUUGCUUUUUUCCACGGUGAAAAACAUGACUUUUAAAACUUGUUGUAGGUUACACAUUUGAUUGAACUGCUUCUUAAUUGUAUAGAUAAUGCAGACAUUACAUGAUAAUGAGAUAUAAUUUUAUGAUUCCAAUAUUUAAAUGAGUAUUUUUAUUUUUAACUACCAACAAAAAUGGUAAAGGAUGGCUGUCAAACUUUGAUUGUUCUUGUUUUGUAUUAGUAAUAUACUUUUAAAAUGUACAUACUGCUGUUUGAGUUGUGAAACUGAAAAUAAAAAAUAUUGGGACUCGAAA